AUGGUCAAUCGAGGACGGCCUUCCAGAAACUGCUUCCCUUGCAGGAGGAGGAAGCUUCGGUGCGACCUGCAGCCCAACGGUUGCGGCCAGUGCCUGAGGGCCGAACUGGUUUGCCAUGGGUAUCGUGACCCGAGCCAGCUAGCCUUCCGCGACGAAACCGCUGCCACCAAGCAGAAGGUACUGGCCCGACGGGCCGCGGCCACUGGCCAGCCCAGCCCCGCAUCGCUGCAGCUUGGAUGGGAUGUUCGCGCCCGAUACGCCUUCUUCUCCGUUUACAUCAUGCGGCUCUCCAAAAGCUACGGUGCCCUAGCGCCGCUCUACUCCCGCGCCGCCAGCACGCAUCAUCUGCACGCCAGCGUGGACGCGGUGAGCCUGGCCUUCAUGGCCUGUCAUCUCGACAACCCUGCGCUCAUGCGGCCGGCCAGGGAGAAGUACGUGCUUGCCGUCCAGAGUCUAGGCCAAGCCCUACGAGAUCCGCAGGCCUCCAUGACCGACGAGACUCUCCAGUCGGUGCUCCUCUUGGACCUCUAUGAGAAGAUGGUCAACCGCGAUGUUCGGAAUCCUGUCACCUGGAUGAGCCAUGUCCGGGGCGCAAUGACGCUGGUCGGAGCUCGUGGACGCAGAAACCUCUCGACGCCUCUUGCCUUCGAGCUCGCAAGCCGGGUGGCAGAGACGCUGACCAUCAGCUACGCCGCCGCCGGCCUCCAUCUUCCCGAGGAAUUAACGGCCCUACGGCGAGCUCUCGACUCGGGCUCUGUUGCAGCCGGCCCCAGAUGGGACUACACAGCAGUCACGGCUGACAUGAUGAACUUCCUUGUAGACGUUCGGACCGGCAAGAUGGCCUCGCCGGCUGCGGUCGUCAGUAAGGCGAGGACCUUCGACAGCCAGCUGGCUGACCUGGAAAAGAGACUGCCCGCGUCCUGGGAAGCACGGCGUGUGUACACGUCUGGGCAAAAUCCCUGCGUCUUCGGCUGCUACUACGAUGUCUAUCCGACCCACUUCGCAACCCAGGCCCGGAACAGCAUUUGGGUGAUGCGCCUCAUUCUGAACGACAUAGUCCAACAGAAACAAGAACCAGGCGGCCCAGCCAGUUCUGGCGGCGCGAGCACGACCAGUGCUGCGAAGAACAUCGCCGACAUCACGCGGCAAAUUUGCGCAUCUAUCCCUCAGUUCAUCCUGCCCGACGCUCGCGCGGGGAACAGCGUGCCCUUCUCGCCGCUGCAGAGACUGCAGUGCCACACCUUGCUCCCCAAGCUGCACCUCGCGGGCAAGCUAUCGACUGACACGCACAUGCAAAGCUGGAUCAUUGGCUUGCUGGAGCACAUCGCGGAGGUCGGUAGCAUUAAGAUGGCGCGGGAUAUUGCAAAUCUCUUGCGGAUGAGGUUGGAUAUCGAUUUCUGGACCGCCUAUGUCAUGACGGGCAGUUAUGCACUAGCAGCAUGA